AUGGCCGGACUCACACGAGUAAGGGAUAUAAGCAAUCGUGCAUCGCUUCAAGACAGAUCGUUAAGCCGGCGACAACGAGGUGGCUUUUUGGGAAACCUCGCCGACUUGUCAGACUUGUGGAGUUCACCAGGCCACGAUGACCAUGGGUCUGGUCCAGCAGACUCGGUCGGCCCUCCGUUCGAUCCUGCUCCUGGUCCGCCUGGUGGCCCACAAUCUGGAAAUACGCUCUUGCCGACGUUCUCGACUCAAGACAGCACAACAGCAGAAGGGUCAACGACGCCGACUACGUCCAGUUCGCAACCUCUGGUGAUAUCGACAAGCGUAUCGUCUACGCCCUCAGUGACAUCGAGCUCGACAAGCGCAAGCUCUUUUCCAGCCUCAACAUCGUCGACCAGCCCCUCUUCCUUGAUACCACAAUCCAGCGCACCCUCGACCUCACCUCCUCCACCACCCUCUUCGACAGGCAUCGCGCCUUCGUCAUCGCAGCCGACUACCAGCAGUGAGCCUGGCUCUUCCGCACCACGCAGCGACGCACCCUCAUCUCCGCCGACACCGUCGUCAACAUCAAUCUCAUCGCAGCUUAGCGCGUCCGCUACCCCAACUGCCAGCUCACAAGUUGUGGUUCCAACAAGCGGUAUACCCUCUUCGAGCACAGUCGCAGCACCAUCUGCACGACCAUCGCCGUCUGGUAGCGUAAGUACAUCAACGGGCAACACGCUCCAGAUCUCGCUGGUCAACAACCUUGGCAGCAGCGACGUCCAUGCAUACGUUACGGGACUGGACAGCACUGGGCAGGUCGUCAUGCUGACCACUUCUGGCACCUACUUCUAUCCCACAGCAUCUGGGUCAGGAGCGCCGGAAGAGAUCAACGCUGAUGUGGCGCUGCCGAUGAGCGGACCAGGCGAAACCACAACCAUCAGGUUGCCAGACUACCUCUCCAGCGCACGGGUAUGGUUUGCCGACGGCAGUCUAACAUUCUAUGUCGUGGAGACACGAUUUGGCCCUGGACUCGUCGAACCUACCGCAAUGAACCUCAACGACCCGUCCGCAGACGUGAAUUGGGGUUUCGUCGAGCUCACAUUCCAGGCCGACUAUGGCCUUUUCGCGAACCUGAGCUUCGUCGACUUUGUCGGCCUCCCACUCGGCAUCCAGCUCCAAGCGGCAUCGAACGGCGUCUUUACUGCCCCUGGCGUCCCAACAGACGCCGUCAGCCAAGUCUGCGACCUCCUCCAAGCUCAAGCAGCCCAAGACGGCCAACCCUGGGACGACCUCUGCGUCAGCGAUGCCAACGGCAACCUCCUCCGCGUCGUCUCCCCCCCCACCAUCAUUUCCCAAGACCCUACCGCAUUUGCCGGCUACUUCGACUCUUACGUCGAUGAAAUAUACGAACGAUACACCUCCUCGCCGCUCACAAUCGACACCCAAACCUCCGCCGGCCUCGUCCCCUGCACCAGCGACGGCGAAUCCCUCACCUGCGCCGGCGACCCAACGCCCUUCCCAAAGCCGACCUCCGAAGACAUCUUCGGCUGCAACUCUGGCCCCUUCGCCAUCUCAGAAUCAGACAACGACGUCCACGCCGCUAUCGUGCCUCGCUUGUGUGCAGCUUUCAACCGCGCAACGCUGCAUCUUCAAGGCGGCGACGUGCAGCCUUCUCUACCGCCGAGCAGCUAUUACACCACGAGUCCGACGAACUGGUACAGUGCGUUUGUGCAUCAGGUGGAGAUUGAUGGGAGGGGAUAUGCUUUUUCUUAUGACGACGUGACGCCGAGUGGAGCGGAGGAUGUCUCGGGGAGUGUUUAUGCGGCGGACCCGGAGGUGCUUACGGUUUUUGUUGGGGGGACGUCUUCGUGA